AUGAGUCAACAAAACUGGAAGAACUUGUCAAACGAAUUAAGACGUAGGGCAGCACAAGGUGGUGGAGCUGGAGGACCAAAUCGUAAGUCUCCAUUCGCCGCAUUUGCUGGUAUUGGGGGAAUCUUAUUGUUAGGGGGUGUUUCGAUUUUGGCACAGAAUUCGUUGUUUAAUGUUGAUGGUGGUCAAAGAGCCAUAGUAUACUCGCGUAUUAAUGGUGUUCAGCCAAAGAUUUAUCCAGAAGGUACACAUUUUGUCAUGCCAUGGUUUCAGAGACCAAUUGUGUAUGACGUUCGUGCUAAACCAAGAAAUGUAGCUUCGUUAACUGGUACGAAAGAUUUACAAAUGGUGAACAUUACUUGCCGUGUGUUGUUCAAGCCAGACAUAUUCCAAUUACCAACCAUUUACAGAACUUUAGGUACUGAUUAUGAUGAAAAAGUGUUGCCAUCGAUUGUGAACGAAGUAUUGAAAUCGGUUGUGGCUCAAUUCAACGCAUCUCAAUUGAUCACCCAGAGAGAAAGAGUAUCCCGUUUAGUCAAGGAAAACUUGGUCCGUCGUGCUGCCAAGUUCAACAUCAACUUAGAUGAUGUUUCGUUGACAUUCAUGACGUUCUCGCCUGAAUUUAGUGCUGCUGUUGAAGCCAAGCAAAUUGCUCAACAAGAUGCUCAAAGGGCUGCAUUCAUCGUUGAUAAGGCUAUUCAAGAGAAGCAACAAUUGGUUGUUAAGGCUUCUGGUGAAGCUAAAUCUGCUCAAUUGGUUGGUGAAGCCAUCAAGAAGUCUAGAGACUAUGUGGAAUUGAAGAGAUUAGAUACUGCCAGAGAAAUCGCUGCUAUUUUGGCUAACUCUCCAAACAGAAUUUUGUUGGAUAACGACACCUUAUUAUUGAACACUGUUGUUGAUGGUCGUAAAUGA